UGACUUUUGACGUGACGCGUGAUAUGUGUGGACGUAAGGGAGCGACGAGGUGGAAGGCGUCCGACAACGGUGACGCAACGUGACGACUCAGCCCCAAGGGUGUCAGGUGUGUGCGGUGACGAGCGGCCCGGGAGAGGGCGGACGACGGUCGACGGUCGACGCUAGGCGUUUUCGUUCUUCUGGCGAAAGAAGAAAGAGAGAUUAGUAAAGACUCGAAAUUCCAUUACAAAUAUAAGAAGAGGAAGCGGACGGAUAAAAAUCGCAAAAUGGAUGAAAAUCAACAGCAAGGGCCGAUAUUUCGGUCGCUCAACAGUGAACACGAAUCCUUCGUCAGGUUUAUUAACACAACACCUCAUACUAUUACUUUAUACUGGAUGGAUUAUGAUGGGCAGGCAAUUGAUUAUGGCGAUCUGUCAGCUGGGGACUACAGGGAAAUAAACACGUUUUAUACGCAUCCGUGGAUUUUCGUCAAUAAAGAAACGGGCGACAGGGCAAAACGAAACAGGUAUUUGGCGGAGCAGCGCGAUGUUUUCUUUCCGGCGCCAUGGUUUCUCCAGUACCGUGGUGUUACGCAGGACAAACUACCGCAAAGAAUCGAGAGGACCAACGUGCACAUCGUGCUACCGAUGUUCACUCUACAGCAAUUGUCAAUGAGAGUCAUCAAAAACUGUCUUACGUACGAUUCGCAGGCUUUUCGUCUCGACAUUCCACGGACUCUCCAGUUAGAGCUUGCCACAAUGCUACCGAGGAAACCUGAAUGUUUUCUCCUAUACGCGCAAUUAGGGUAACACCGCGAUUAUGAUAAUAAUUUUAAAACUUGGAUAUUUUUUUUGUAAUUUUUGU